ACUCACGACCGUGUCAAAUAUCCUCACUCACUGUCCCUGAAACAAAAAGGACCCCAUCACGAAUUAUGGGAGUUACCAUCUUCGACAUGUCACCACCGUCUUCCAUAGCAUUGGGAUGCUCGGUGGCCGUGGUUUCUUCUGCUCUACAGUCUUUGGGCAUUACUUUACAAAGACGAUCUCAUCUACUUCCCAUUCACUUAGGUGACGAAUCCACAGAUAAUCCACAAACUCAUCACCAAUAUUCAAAGCUUCAGCGUAACACAUGGCUAUUCGGGUUUUUUCUAUUCAUAGUCUCGAAUGUUUUAGGCUCGUUGAUCCAAAUCACCACUUUACCAUUAAUCAUAUUAUCUCCUUUGCAAAGUAUCGGAUUGAUCUUCAACUCCCUCCUAAGCUGCCUAUUAUUACCGGGAGAAACAUUCACGUGGAAACUUGGCGUGGGCACAUUAAUUAUAUCUACUGGUGCCUUCAUUAUUGCGUACCACGGAAAUGCCAUUCCUCCUCCUCCUGAUUCUGAUAUUGAUGUGGAUAAGCGAUUCAAAAUCAUCAUCCACAAGCUAAUAGACCCCCGUUUCAUGGCCUGGUUCAUCAGUUCGUUUGUGUUGAUUGGUUUGUUGUUGUUGGCAAACUCGGCAAUCACCUAUAAAAGAAAUAAGUUUAAGAAUAGAAUUCAACAAAGACUGAGUAGAUCAACCACAAAAGCUCUUGAAAAGCUCAAAUUCUUUAAGGGAGUCAACUACGGGUUGAUCUCGGGAACUUUAACGGCACAUACAUUCUUGUUUGCUAAAUCCUUAAUCGAUGUGGUGGUGGAAUCCAUUUUCGCUGGUCCACAUGAUGUUGGCAGUAUCACCAGGAGUAUCACUCCUUAUUUUUUGCUUAUUGUGAUGUUGACGAUUGUCGGGUGCCAGUUGACCGCUUUCAACUUGGGGUUGGCCCAGAUUUCGUCGUCCAUUCUUUACCCUUUGUGUUUCUUGGUGUACAAUCUCAUGAACUUGAUCAAUGACUUGACCUUCAAUCACUUGUUGGCAAACCAGAGAUUGACCAUAGGGCAGUUAUUCUGGGUGUUAUUGGGUCUUUGUGCUGUGCUAUUUGGAGUGGUGUUGAUUAGUUGGGAUAGUGCUGUUGGCUCCAACGUACAAAGACUUGCCUAUGAUAACGAAGAAGAAUACAUUUUACAUCUGAAGUUCCCUUACACAGACAAUCUCAACGAAAUGUCAAAGAUGGUGGAUAGCUCUUCCACGUAUGAGAUGGAGACUGGCUACUUAUCCAUUGACUCUACUCAUUUGAAUCCUCAUGGCCCUUACCCGUUGAGCACGCGAAGGUCGGCUGUCUCAACUCGCAAUAAGAAAAGAGUGCUUUCAUACGAACAGCAGCAGCUCUUGCAACAGUUUGAGACAGAUUAAGUGCUACCUUUAAUGAUAUACGAACCCAACUUGUUUUUUUGACAAUUUAGAAUACCAACCAGCUAUAGAAUAAUAACUAGUUCAAUUUACGUUCAUCUUAUUUCGC